AUGGAUGCCCCGCCGCCGCCGCCGCGGCGGCGUCUCGGCCGGCACGAUGCGGCCGAGGAGACCACGACCGAACCCCGACGGCGGCUGAGACGCCCAAAGGAUCCGAGUCGGAGCCCAGGGAGGACCGAGGCAAACAGCCCCGAGGUGUCCCAGGACCCAGAGGAGCCUUCCGAACCUUCAGAGACGGUCGAGGCGGUCGCCUCCAUACCCAACGAGAGGGCGGCGCAAGUUCCGCCCCUCCCCCUGGCAGACUUGUUUCCGUUCCCGGAUGAAACCUCGGAGUUGCCGGUGCCGAUACCGAUCAGCCCUGGGCCCUCCGCGUCCAGCGCGGAGGCCUCCAGCAGCUCGCAGAGAAGUCCGGCUGAGGCGCGAGAGGCGCCUGACACGCCCCGGGAGGAAGCCGAGGAGGCGGUGAUCCAGAUAUGGUCCGAGGCCGGCGAGGAGCCUGUUGUGGUAGCCGGGCCCGGGAGCAGCGGCGAAAGCCAAAGCGCCGGCGAAGGCGGCAGCGAAGCUGCAGAUGCCGGCACUCCACAAAAGGAGAUUCCCCUGGAUGCAACUGCUUCCCCCACUUCCGGGAGUCAGGAGAAUCAGGACGGAAUGCGCAGCUUUCCGCCCCAGUGGCCGGGUACGGCGACAGAGAUUCUCGCUAAACCGGUGCAGAGCCAGCCCUUCGUGAAAGAGAGACCAGUGGAGCGAGCUGUCAAGAGACCCGUCUGCCUGAGCCCGUGCUGUGCAAGCUUCCCUUGCUGCACGGCGCACUGUCCGAUUACCUUCUGUUUGCUGGUCUUCCUGGGCAUGUUCACGACCUUUGGGGUCUUCUGGCGGGAGCUGGCGGGCAUCAACAUCGUUACGGACACCUCUGUGUUCCUAGAGGCGGACAGCCGCUCCAAUGCUAUCCGGGCUGCAUAUCUGCAGGCCUACAAUCAACGUGAGCCCACCGCCCGCCGCCUUGGCUCAAGAAG